GAUAGCUUCAACGCUAUGCCAAGAUUCAAGGGGUGAGAACGUUAUGGUCGUCGUCUUUAAAAGAUGUUCUCCUCUCCAUGAUUAUUUUACUUUUCAAGCCUGCUUUGCAUUCUUUACCACUCUCUUUACGAAAGGUCCUUCUAGGCCUGUUACAAUCUUUUAUUUUUAUUUUUUCAUAUUAAACACAUUCAUUUUCAUUUAUUGUUAUUCUAUCAGUCAUGUUUUCAUCGUCUCUCGGGACGGCCCUCGUUGGGGCAGUCCUUGCUACAAACGUAGCAGCAUAUCCACCGGCUUAUGCACCUGAAAAGUAUUCUGAUCGUAUAGACGUCGUCCAUACUGGUAUUUCUGCCGGCGUACACUCUGGUGUGGCUGCAAGACACACAUCCCACAAGCAGCUUUGCAGACAUGACAUUGGCUGCUCGAGACAGAAUGAGGUGUUGUUAGAUACUGGAGUCAGUGCCGCAUUGGACGUAUUUGGUCUUCUUGACCUCGGUCUUGGUGCAGAUAUCGGGAUCAGCUUUGGAAGUGCAUCAGGAUGCCAAAUCAAGUGUGUUGAUUGUCGCACAUGGGGUACAGCCGUCGUCACCAACACCGUGGCCGAAAUUUCCAGCAACAUCAUCGAAGAGGUGAUCGAGUUCUUGGAACGUCCUUACGAAACCAUUGUUGAAGCCGCAAGCUUGGAAUGUUUGAUUUCUUUGGAGGAUGUUGGAGGACACAUCGAACUCAAUGUCUUCGCCGCUGAAUCCGCCACUUACACUCUCAAUAUUUUCGAAGCUGGUCUUAUUGCUGAUGUUUCUAUCCUCGAUACUGUCUCGGUUGGCUUGAACGUUUUCCUCGAUUUGGUUAUCUCCGUCGAUGCUCAAGUCGAUCUUUCUGCUGGUUUCGAAUUCUCCUUCCCAGAAGGUGCUUCCCUUACUGUUGACCUCUUGGCCGGUGCUAUCAAGGACUAUAACUUCGACGGAGCUGUCAUGAAUGACCUUCCUAUCGUUGUUCUUGCUGGUGAAGCCACAUUACAAGCUUCUAUUCGCUGCAGAGUUGAGGCUGGUACUACCGUCUCUCUAUUGGGCAUUGGAUACGGCUUUGAACUUGGUGUCUAUGCCGAUUUGCUUCAAUAUGUCACUGAAAUCGGUAGCACCGAUAAUUGUCCACUUUCCAUCUCGGGUGCCGUCGAUGUCAACAUUGGUGCAUAUGCCGCUUCCGUUGCAAACAUCGACUUUGCUGCAUUCGAGAUUGCACCAACCGCCGCUAUCACUGUGAAUGCUGGUGCCCUAGCUGCUAUUUGCACCACUAGACCAACUUCUACCAGAGCUUUGGGUGCUAUUUCCACUGGAUCUGCUUCCAGUGGCUCUGAUUCCACUGGCUCGGGUUCCAGUGGUUCGGGUUCCAGUGGCUCUGGUUCCGACGGUCUUGGUGGUUCGAUCUCUAUUGGUCUCGGAGGGUCUGGCUCUGAUUCCGGUUCGUCAGGAUCUAACUCUGAUUCCGCCCCAUCUGGAACUGGACGUUUCGCGAAUGGCACUGUCCUAACUGCUUCCCGGCCAUCCGGUUCUUCCGCCACUGGAUCAUUAAUUGGAACCAUUACUAGUGCAGCAUCUUUGACCACAUCUACAGCUUACGCUACCCAAGUUACUACCAUUACCAGCUGUGCUUCAAAUGUUAUCCAUUGUCCAGCAUCCCUUGCAGGUACCACCGUUGUUACUCAAACCGUUGUCGAUUAUACAACUGUUUGCCCAGUUACUGAGGCUGGCAACACCGCGUCAGGAGCCAUUCCAUCAAGCUUGCCAUCACUUACUACCACGGCCAAGACCAAUGUUGCCCCAUCAUCUAUUCCUGGCACAAUCAUUCUUACCUCAGUCGCAUCAGCAAGCCCAUCUACUUUCGAUGUCCCAAGGACAACUCCUACCGCUGUCGUUCCCGUCGGUACUGGACCUUCAAGCACUAACUUGGCAUCCAUCACCUCCGCCUUGUCCAGUGAACUCUCAGGCUCCUCUCCUUCAUCGAGUGUGAUUGGUUUCGGAAGUGACACUGCUUCAGUUCCUACCCCAAGCAGCACUGGAGAGCUUAGCGGUGAGACCACCUCCCCAGCUGGUUCAUCCCCAAGUGCUUCAGGACCAAACGGUUCUUCCCCAAGUGCCUCAGGACCAAACGGCUCUUCCCCAAGUGCCUCAGGAUCAAACGGUUCAUCUCCAUCAAGCUCUAUCGCAACUGGCUCAUCCCCAAGUGGUUCUCCAUCUGGAAGUGGUGCCUCUCCAAGUGCUUCCGGCUCAAACGGCUCUUCCCCAAGUGCCUCAGGAUCAGAAAAUGGUUCAUCUCCAUCUGGCAGCGCCGCUGCAUCUGCUCCAUGUGUUUCAUCAGGCGCUCUUCUCUCUGGUCAAACUGCUUGCCCAGUUUCUGGCUCUACUCCAGCUCAAACCAGCUCUGGUGAACUCAGCGGACUUUCCACCGCCCCAGCUGGAUCUUCUCCAUCAUCUGUCGCUUCCGGUUCAUCCCCAAGUGCAUCUAACGGAGUUUAUCCAUCUGGAUCUUCGCCCAAUGCUUCGGGAUCAACCCAACCUUCUGCCAGUGGUUCAUUGCCAGCCGUUUCUUCCAAUGGAUCUUCUCCAUCCGGAUCUGCCAACGUCUCAAGCCCAUCUGGUACUACCGAUUCGAGUGGUGCUAGUGUCACUGGAGGUUCUUCUCCAUCUGCCUCCUCAUCCGAAACUGUUUACACAACCGUUAUCGUCGAUUCGUACACUACUGUUUGCCCUGUUACCAUGACACAAACUAGUGAUGGUGUAACAAGUGUUUUGACCACUUCUACCAUUUCAACUGUCUAUAGCUCUUCCACCAUGACUGCCACCAAGACUGUUGUCGUGAAGCCAUCUGGUUCAUCUCCAUCUGAAUCCGCUCAAAUCACUGGCCCAGCUGCUUCGUCACCAGGAUUCUCAUCUGAGACUGUUUACACUACCGUUAUUGUUGAUUCAUACACCACAAUCUGCCCAGUCACUUUGACUCAAACCACUGGAGGAACCACUAGCGUCUUCACUACUUCUAGCACCUCCACAGUCUACAGCUCAUCAACCGCUACUGGUACACGUACUAUCACGGUUGCACCUUCCGCAACUUCCGAUUCCGAGGGUGCUAGUGUCAUUCCAUCUGGUUCUGCUCAAGUUACUGGCCCAGCUGUCUCUUCUCCAGUUCAAUCUUCCGAAACUGUCUACACAACCGUCAUUGUUGACUCUUACACUACAGUUUGCCCAGUAACUCUCACCCACACCAGCCAAGGUACAACCAGCUUUGAGACAACCACCAGCUUGUCCACUGUUUACAGCACCUCCACUCGUGUCGCUACUAGCACUGUUGUCGCGACCACAGUAGCCUCUGCCCCAGUUGUCUCUGCUUCAACUCAAUCUUCCGAAACUGUCUUCACAACUGUCAUCGUUGACUCUUACACUACAGUUUGCCCAGUAACUCUCACCCACACCAGCCAAGGUACAACCAGCUUUGAAACCACCACCAGCUUGUCCACUGUUUACAGCACCUCCACUCGUGUCGCUACUAGCACUAUUGUCGCGACCCCAGUGGCUUCCGCUCCAGUAGGCUCCGUCCCAGCUGUUUCCCAAGGUGUUUCUACCGAACAACUUUACAGCACAGUCUCCGUCCAAUCAUACGUUACUGUCUACCCAGUAACUUUGACCCAGACCAACGGAGGAGUCACCAGUCUUGAGACAACAACAAGCUAUGCGACAAUUUUCCAGUCUUCCACCAUCUAUGCCACUAGAACAGUUGCCAUUAAAACACAAGGAACUUCUACCCCAAGCGGUUCUGUCGUUGUUCCACAAGGUAGCGCACAAGCAUCCGGACCAGCCCCAUCAUCUACUUUUGGCAAUUCUGGUGUCUCUGCUCCAUCUCCAUCUGCCUCUGUCGUUUCCAGCAACAAUGUCCCUGUCGCUUCUACUCCAGCUUCUACACAAACUGGAUCUAACUCAGGAAACUCUGGAAAUGGAUCCCCAUCUGUUGCAAGUUUGAGUGCCACAACCGGUAGCCCAUCCUCCGCUAUCAACACUAACAGUGGAGAUAUGCUUUACAGCACUGUAACAGUUGUUCCAGUUGCUAGUCAAGCAGUCAGCUCAGCUCAAGGUUUGACUACACCUGCACCAGCAACUGGUUCCUCUCAACCAUUGACCUCUGCCAUUGGUGUAUCUGGAAGUGCAGGUUCUGAAGAAUGUGCUCAACCAUCUGUUAUCACCAUUUCUGCUUCUCCUUCUAUUCUCACUGUUACUCAAUCUGCAUCCGUCAUUACCAUCAUUCAAACUGUCGGUGCUAGCUCUCCAUCUGGUGUUGCUUACCCAGGGUCUCCUGAGAACUCUACCGUCUCUGGUCUCCCAGGUAAGGCUGUUUCAGUCUCAUCUUCUCAGGGCAUCACCAUCGCUUCAUCGACUAUGAUUGUUCCAGGUUCAGGUGCAUCAUCCACUAUUGUUGUACCAGGAGCUAUUCUCCCCACUGGAUCUCAAGUCUACCCAGUUGGUUCAUCCACUGUUGUUGUACCAGGAGUUGUUACCCCUACUGGAUCUGGAUCUGAAGUCUACCCAGUUGGUUCAUCCACUGUUGUUGUACCAGGAGCUAUCGCUCCCACAGGAUCUCCAGUCUACCCAGUUGGCUCAUCCAACAACGGUACCUCUGGACAUUAUGCUAGUGGAACAAGCAGUAACAAACCCACUCAACCAACUUCUUCUGUCACUGUCACUGGCAUCACUGCCGCAAGUGGAUCAGCGACUGCAUCCCCAAGCAUGAUUAUCACUGGUUCUGCUAGCCGUUCUAGCAUCUCCAUGGGAUUGAUUGCUGUCAUUAUGGGCGCUGUUGCUCUUUUGUAAAUUAGGUGAUUGAAAAAAGGUGGAUAGUAUAUGAGUGGUAUGAACUGAACUGGAGGGUUUCCUAUGUCUGAACGAGGUAUGGAUACUGUUGAGUAUCGUGUACAGUAUUUUAAUGUAAUUUUUAUUCAAAAAUAAAUUACGGAGAGAAGAUUUGUUGUAUAGACACUUCUUUUCGUCCAGUAGAUAGUCAAUACAUAUUUGACAAACUGUA